AUGGGCGAAAGAGCGCUGCGCCCCCACUUUUUGGGGUCGAAGGGCCGGGUGUGGAUGUGGUAUUUGUUGAGUCAAGACGAUAGUGGUGAAGUGCAUUAUACGCCGUCCCCCACUCCGCCGAGCUGCCCUUCAUCUGGAUGUACGAGGGCGAUUGGGGAGACGGCCAUCUCCCGAAACCUCACCGACCCUUUCGACUUCCAGCUGGGGGAUUGGUACGGGGAGACGUGGACCAAUUUCGCCAAGUACAGCCGCCCAACCCUUGAUGAUAGUUGGCCAGCAAUGUCCAAGACGGUGUCGCACUUUAACAUUGGAAAGCCGUCGGAUGGUGGAAUGAGGGUCGUGCCGGACUAUCGGGAAACUGACCGGAUCGUUUUCGCAAACGCGAUCGAUCAGCUCCUCAAAAUGAUGCCCUCGCAACCCAUCCGCGAGCAGGACAUGAAGCUGAAAGGGGCCUGGGGUGCCAAUAGA